AUGGUCAUUUCAACAGGACAUGACAGUUCCGAUGAUGAUGCGACACUGUACUGCAUCUGCAACAAUUCAAACAGCGAUUCCAAAAUGAUAGCUUGCGACUCGGCAGAUUGUCCCCACAAGCCAUUCGAGUGGUUUCAUUUUUCCUGCAUGAAGUUGAAUGAAGUUGAAGAAAGAACCGGUAGGAAAAUGAUGCGCAAAUCAAACAAAGCCAUGAGUGUGACAAAACUGGACAAGCCAGGCCUGCACAAAUUGCACGAACGAUCGUUUCGUUCUCUCCACGAGUUCGCAGUGAAUCUUAUCAAUCAGGAAAAGAAAUCGAAUGAAGGGAAUCCAGACGAAAAGGAAGAAUGUACAGAGCCUACAGCAGAGAAAACCAAAGAUGAUAAGAAGGUUCAAGGUCAUAUUGACGAAAUAUUCAUUUCACAGUCAUCUUCAUCAUAUUCGAAAUUAUUUCGUACAGCCUUGUACAUUGUCAACCAAGAUGAACCGUAUACAAAGUUUAAAGCAUUGGUCAAAUUGCAAAAGGCAAAUGGUGUUAAAAUCAUGGAUGGAAAAUCUAAUCGUAGUGCCUGCAAGGAGAUGAUCCACACCUUAGCAGAAGUUGUUAGACAGGAUGUAAAAAAUAUUUUGAAAACCUCUAACUUUAUGUCAGGUAUGUGUGAUGGAUCGGAGGCAAGAAAAAGCAGAGAAGAAAAAGAGUUGGUGUUUGCAAAGGUUGUUGUUGGGGGCAAACCUGUAUGUGUAUUCUUAAAAUGUCAACGAAUGAGAGACUUUGGUGGCACAGAUGCAAGCUCCUUGCAGAAAGCAUUUGUAAGUGCUUUUGAAAGUUUUGAUGUUGACAUCAUUCUACAGGAUUCACUGAAGUUGAUAUCUGUUUGUGCUGAUGGUGCCUCGGUCAAUAUGGGAGUUAUAAAUGGUGCCAUGACAACUCUAAAAAUGCAUGUACCAUCUCUCCUAGUGGUGCACUGCUCUUUGCAUAAGCUUGAACUUGCUGUGGCUGAUGCAUAUAAAAAAUCUUCUGAGUUUAAAGACAUUGAUGACUUUAUGAUGAAUCUGUUCUACUUAUUCCGGAACAGUGGGAAAAAUUGGCGUCUGAUGCUCCUUAUAGCUGAAAAGUUGGAUGUGAACAUCCGCAGACUUCCCAAGGUUCACGGCACCCGAUUUCAAACCCAUAAAGAAAAGGGCCUGCAGGUUCUUUUGUAUAAUUUUUGUGUAUUGCUUAUUUUUGCAGAGAAUGCAAUUGAAACGCGUGGACUGGUGACUCCAGUCAUGAAAGACAAAAUCCGUGGCUACCAUCGCAAAAUGCUUCAGUUUGAAUUUGUUGGGUGCGUUGCAUUGUACCACGAAGUUUUGCAAACAACAGCACAUGUUACCAGUGUAUUAGAGGCUGAUGAUACAUUAAUAACUGACAUCUUUGAUGUGUUAGAAGAGUGCCAUGAGAAACUUCAAGAAAUCAGUAGCAGGGAGAAAAUAAUGCCACCUGAAGCUCUAGGCAGUUUUGAGUGUAAAAAGAAUGACGACGAUUCAGUUACUGUUAUGAAAGCAACUUCUACGAAUCUUCCAUCAAGACUAGUUUUGAGAGACAAACAAAAGUUAACUGCAAAACAGAGAGUCAAUUUAGAAAAGAAACUGGUAAAAGAAGUUACACACACGCAAGAAUUUCAACUGACAAAAGUUGAGGCAGGAGAAAGGAAGAUGACACAUGUUAAGACAUCACUAGUCAAAGACAUUGACAUGUGUAUUAAAGACAGAUUUGACAGUCUGAAAGAGAAUGAUGUUAUAAAAUCCAUGGUGUUUGUCGACCACACGCGAUGGGAUCCAACUGAUGACAACUAUGGAAUCUCAGAGAUAGAUACCAUAGCUGAACAUUUUUCUGAAUCUCUUGCGAAAUACAAAUUCAAUAUUCCAAAACCGAAUUUCUGA